UGCAUUGGAAGAGGCUGUGCUGAUUGAAAAUGGCCUCACCUGCUGACAACGUGAGGAGACCUGCUGGGGCGCCAUGUUCUUGCUGCUCUUUGCGUUAACGCUGCCAGUCGGCGCUGUCCUCCUAAAUCAGGACCAGUAUGCUAGCAUUAGUCCCACCACAGGCGACGUCACCACAGACACUUUGGUGUCCCAACCAGAAGGCAUGUCCUUGAAUGCAACACAAAACAAUAUGACGCUCACCCAAGACCCGCUGGAAGAGCAGGACAGUGCAGAGACAUUAGAAGGCCUUGAAAGCGACACAUGGGUGGAGGAGGGGGACAUAUUGAUGCAGCCCCUCGAGGACAGAAACGCUGUGGACGUGGUGUGGAGGGACGCCACGAUGCCUUACACCAUCAGCCACGGGCUGAGACAGCAAGAGCAGAACAUCCUCAGGGCCCUGAAGAUGAUCUCUGACGUCACCUGCAUUCGCUUCAAGAAGCGCAGCAAGGAGAUGAACUACGUCAAGUUCAAGAAGGGCAGAGGGUGUGCCUCCUUUGUCGGGUGUCGAGGAGGAGCGCAGCCGCUGUAUUACUCCAAGACGUGCAGCGUGGGGAAUCUGUGCCACGAGGUCAUGCACACGCUGGGUCUGCACCACGAGCACACCCGCAAGGACCGCAACAAGUACAUCACCGUGCAGUGGGAGAACAUCAAGCGGGGAAAGAAAAAACACUUCAAGAUCAAGCGUGGGAACAUGUUUAACCUUCCCUACGACCUUGAGUCCAUCAUGCACUACGGGAAGUAUUUCUUCAGUACAAAUGGACGCCCGACGCUGUUGCCCAAGAAACGCAGAGUCAACAUGGGUCAGAGGUCUCACCUCAGCAAGCUGGACGUUCAGAAGCUCAACAAACUCUACCACUGCGAGGAGAGGAGGAGAGACCGGGCAAGAGGCCGUGCAUUUUGAAGAAGGCUUGAUGCUCUCGGAUCCUUUUGUCCCUCGGCGUCGUCAUGUCAACGUGACUCAAGUGGCAGAAUAAAGCAAACGUUGCAAAUCGGCCAGCUUCUUUACCUCGGGGUGUUUUUUUUUUUU